AUGACCGCCCCCGCUCUCAACGGGAACGACAAGGCGGCACUGCGCGAGCUCGACGGCGUGCGCUCCGAGGAGGUCGCGCAGGCCGGUGUCCCCGCCGAGCUGCCCGGCACGCACGCGCCGAAUGAGGAGGGCCAGGCGUUCUCGACCAAGUCGCCCUCGCUCGGCCCCAGCGACGAGAUGACCCGCAACGCCAAGAUUGCGACGGAGAAGGAGCACCAGAUGAGUCUUUUGCAGGGCAUCAAGCUAUACCCCAAGGCCGUCGCCUGGAGUAUGCUCAUCUCGACGUGUAUCGUAAUGGAGGGCUACGACGUGUGUCUCCUGUCGAACUUCUACGCUUUCCCCGCAUUCAACAAGACGUUCGGUGUCCUGAACCGCAAGGGCGAGUACGAGGUGCCUGCGCCAUGGCAGGCGGGUCUGUCGAACGGUGCCAACUGCGGUGAGAUCAUUGGUCUCUUCAUCAACGGAUUCGUCUCUGAGCGUUUCGGCUACCGCUACACGGUCAUGGCGUCGCUGGCUGCGCUCACGGCGCUCAUUGCCAUGUUCUGGACCGCGACCUCGCUCCCGCAGCUCCAGGUCGCCGAGGUGCUGUGCGGUAUCCCCUGGGGUAUCUUCCAGACGCUGUGCAUCACGUACGCAUCCGAGGUCUGCCCUGUCGCGCUCCGCGGAUACCUCACCUGCUACGUCAACUUCUGCUGGGGUCUCGGCCAGGUCAUCGGUAUCGGUGUCAUCAAGUCUCAGCUCUACCGCGGCCCCGACGACAACCUCGCCUGGAAGCUCCCCUACGCUCUGCAGUGGAUGUGGCCCGUCCCUCUCCUGAUUGGUGUCGCUCUUGCCCCCGAGUCUCCCUGGUGGCUCGUCCGCCGCGGCCGUUACGCCGAGGCGAAGAAGAACCUCCUCCGCCUGACCAGCCUGAACCGCGAGACCGACUUUGACGCCGACGAGACGAUCGACAUGAUGCGCCACACGACCGAGCUCGAGCGCGAGAUCACCUCGGGUGCGUCCUACCUCGACUGCUUCAAGGGUGUCGACCGCCGCCGCACCGAGAUCGUGUGCAUGGUGUGGGCGAUCCAGAACCUGGCCGGAAACUCGUUCUCGGGCUACUCGUCGUACUUCCUCACCAAGGCUGGCGUGCCCGGCGACAAGGCGUACGACUUUGCCAUGGGCCAGUACGCCAUCAACUGUGUGGGCGUUUUCGGCGCGUGGGCCCUCAUGGCUUGGGGCAUCGGGCGCCGCAACCUGUUCCUGUACGGCCUGUGCGGUCUGUGCGUCACACUGUUCGUCAUGGGCUUCCUCGGCCUCGUCCCCGAGGCGCACAGGAACCAGGGAGCGAUGGCGACGGGAUCCAUGAUGAUCAUCUGGGCGGCCUUCUACCAGCUCACAGUAGGCACGGUGGCGUACUCGCUCGUCGCCGAGCUCUCCACCCGCCGCCUGCAGAUCAAGACGGUCGUGCUCGGCCGCAACCUCUACAUUGUCGUCGGCAUCGUGUGCAGCGUCCUCACGCCCUACAUGCUCAACACGGACAAGUGGGACUGGGGAAAUUUCGCCGGUUUCUUCUGGGGCGGCUCCUGCUUCCUCUGCAUCAUCUACUGCUACUUCCGCAUCCCCGAGCCCGCCGGACGCUCGUUUGCUGAGAUCGACAUCUUGUUCGAGCGCGGCGUCUCGGCGCGCAAGUUUGCCUCGACAAAGGUCGACCCCUUCGAGGUCGAGCUGCAUGAGAAGGCUGAGGCGCAGCACGUCGAGCGCAUCAACGAGAAGGGCGCCACGACGGCUACGGUCAUGUCGGCCGAGUCGGCGUAG